GCGAACGAUAUCGGAAUAAAGAAAUGAAAUUUCGAUUUGCAAGGACCUUAAAGUUUCGAAACCUGAAAUUCGAUCGACAAUCUUCAUUAUCUUAUUUGGCCAUCUAAGUGAAUCAUCAUAUUUCAGAUCGAAGGCGAUUUUUCUAAGCGUGAUCUCGCACUGCGAAUACUGGUUUGUUUACUUCUACCAGGAUUGAAGUGUCAAAGCUUUCAUCUCCAAAGCACUGACAGAAAAACUAGCCAAAGAAUAUGGAGGAAAAAGCCUUGUCAUUGGAAAACAGUGGCUCAAUAACUCCCCAUGUGAGUAUUUCGUCAAUCGAUGGAAAUGGUCAAAGUGAUGUUGACCAAAACGAAACGCAGUGCCAAGAACAUGAUGAGCCAAAUGGAGGAAAUUCUCUCGAGGAGGAUGAAGAAGAGGCUUUAAAUGAUAAGAAUAUAGUGAUUUUUAAUGGACCUAAGAGCGACGGACUGGUUAACUAUGGUUUUUUCGAUCUCGAGGACGAAGAUGAAUUAGCUCCUAGCGAGGGCUCUCACAACUUACAACAUGAAGAAUUUAAUGAAAUUGGAACUGGAGAAGGUGGACUAACAGUAACAACAACCACUGCUACAACUUUUUCAAGGCGCGUUGAUCGAUCAGGGACGAAGAUAGAAAUUCCCUAUAGUCUAAAUGAAGAAGACGAAGAGCAAGAAGAACGAGAACAAGAACGAGAAAACAAAAUGAAGGAAUUGUCAUCUGAGAGAAACGAGAAGCAAACGACUAAUAAUCUUCUUCAAGAAAAUUCAGCUGUUGUCGUUAAAAAGAAAACCAUUACUUACCACACUGAAUCAAUAACAGUUAAUGGUGUUACUUUGGAGAGCAGAGAAUUCAUCGAAGAUAAUGUAAACGUAACAGAGAAAAAUAACCCAGAACUACUUUCCAUGAAGAGUAAUUCUGAAGUAGUGGAGAGCGUCCAAGGAGGAAAUGAGAAAGAUCCUAUCGAUGAAGAUUCCAUGAUUAUUUUGGAAAAUAAACCCACGUUACCGCUUGUGGAAGCUGUUCUUGAUGAGGGAGUAAUUAACGGGGUCCGACAGUUUACCUUGGAGAGUGCACCCGAAAUCAUCAAAGAGCUCCCUGGGUCACGUCAAUUGUCGCAAGUAUCGAAUGAAAAUGAGAGUAGUGAACUUCGGGAACCAUCAGAGGAAGUUUCCCUCGUAGCAAAGGAAUCAGAACCACGAUCAUCCCAUUACCACCCUCUGCUGGUAGAGAGAGUCGAAACAGUAGAAGGCGAUGCAAAGGUUGAUGUGGAUAUUGUUCAAAUAGAUAAAGAAUCGAUUGUUAUGGAGUCCCAAAAGGAUCAGGAAACCGAGACUGAAGCUGCGGACACGAUGAGUGUUAUAGAGGAAGAAUCUCCUUCUGUUGUAGAUAAGCGGCCGCCAUCUCUGCAUUUGGAGGCUGUGUUUGACCACGAGGAGGAAGAAGGCACUAGAGAGAAAAAGGUGGAGAUAUCUGCUGAGGAGGUAGAGAAGAAGCCUUCGUCGCUUAGCAUGGAAGAAGUAAAGCAAAUAAUUAAUGAAGAUUCUCCUGAGGUCAUUGAGAGGAGGCCUGUAUCUAUUCACAUGGAACAGAUGUUCAGUGAGGAAGACCGCACCGAAGUUCAAGAGCCGAUAAAAGAAGCCUCUGAAGUUGCAGUAGAAUCAGAGCCACGGUCGAUCUAUUACCAUUCAAUGUUAGAAGAGAGUGUUGAUAAAGUUGAAGAGGAGGAUAACUUUCAUGACAGUUUUUUGGAGGUCAAAGGAGAAUCAAUAGACACGGAGCCUCAAAAAGACUUGGAAACGAAAAAUUAUUCUGAUUCCAGGGAGGUUAUAGCGGAAGAAUUGCCCUUCGUUGUGGAUAAACGGCCUGUAUCAUUUCACAUGGAAGCUGUAUUUGAGAAUGAGGAAAGCGAUAAGGACAGGCAACCAAUCGCGGAGGUUUCCCCCGAGGUUGUAGUAAAGAGGCCCGUGUCACUCCAGGUGGAGCACUUGUUUGGUGAAGGUGAAAACACUGAGGUUCGAGAACCGAUAAAAGAAGAGUCGACUGUCGCAGUGGAAUCGAAGCCGCAAAUGUUCGUUUAUCACACUAUGUUAGAAGAGAAGGUCGAAGAAAAAGAUGAUGAAAAUUCUGUGGAAGCUGGGGAUGUACUAGUCGAUAUCAAAUUCGAAAAAGGCGCCGGAAAUGAGACUGCGGAAAUGACAAAAUCUUUAGACACAAAGGACGAAAUAUCAGAGGAACCACCCCAUGUUGUAGAAAAACGACCUGUAUCACUUCACAUGGAAGCUGCAUUUGAGUUCGAGGAAAACGAUGAGGUCAGGCAAACAGUGGAGGAGGCUUCUCCCGAGGUUGUAGAAAAGAGGCCCUCGUCACUUCACAUGGAGCACUUAUUUGAUGAAUAUGAAAGCACUGAGGUCCGAGAACCAAUUAAAGAAGCUUCGACUGUCGCAGUGGAAUCAGAGCCACGAUUUUUGUGUUAUCAUGCGAUGUUAGAAGAGAAGGUUGAAGAUCAAGUUGGGAAUGAGGAUGACGAUGAUAAUUCUGUAGACAUCGGGAAUGAACUAGUCGCAAUUAAGUUCGAAAAUGGCAAAGGAAAAGAAACCGCGGAAGUGAUAAAAUCAAUAGAUACAGGGAACGAAAUAUCAGAGGAACCACACAUUGUUAUAGAAAAACAACCUGUACCUCCCUGCAUGGAAGCUGCCUUUAAGCUCGAGGAAAACCAUGAAGUGAAGCAAACAAUAGAGGAAGCCUCCCCCGAAGUUGUAGAAAAAAGGCCCGUGUCACUUCAUAUGGAGCACUUGUUUGAUGAAGGAGAAAGCACCGAUGAUCCAGAACCAAUUGAAGAAGCUUCGACUUUUGCAGUGGAAUCAGAGCCGCGACUGUUCUUUUAUCACUCGAUGCUCGAAGAGAGGGUUGAAGAAAAAGAUGAUGACCAGACCGUGAACGACGGUAAUGAAUUGAUUGAUAUCAAAUACGAAAAAGGCGCCGGAAAAGAGACAGCAGAAAUGACAAAGUUGAAGACAAAGGACGAGAUAACAGAGGAAUUACCCCUUGUUGUAGAAAAACGACCAGCAUCACUUCACAUGGAAGCUGCAUUUGUACUCGAGGAAAACGAUGAGGUCAGGAAAACUGUAGAGGAGGCUUCUCCCGACGUUGUGGAAAAAAGGCCCGUCUCACUUCACAUGGAGCAUUUGUUUGACGACGGCGAAGGCAAUGAGGCCCCAGAACCAAUAGAAGAAGCCUCCUCUGUUGCAGUAGAAUCAGAGCCGCGAUUGUUCUGUUAUCAUCCCAUGUUAGAAGAGAAGGUUGAGGUUGAGAUCAAGAGCAAUGAAGACAAGUCUGAAGACAUCGGGGAUGAACUAGUCACAAUCAAGCGAGAAAAAGACCAAAGAGAAGAGACUCAACCAACGACAAAAGCUUAUGAAACAGGAGGCGUAAUUUUCGAGGAAUUACCCCUUGUUGUACAGAAGCAGCCUGCAUCCCUUAACUUGGAACCCACUUUUGAUCACGGGGAAAACGAUAAAGUUAGGCAAACAAUAGAAGAGGCUUCUCUCGAGGUUGUGGAAAAGAGGCCUGUGUCACUUCACAUGGAGCACUUGUAUGGCGAAGGAGAAAGCAACGACAUUCAGGAACCAGUAGAAGAAGCAUCCACCACUGUAGUAGAGUCGGAGCCUCGGUCGCUCUCGUUCCAUCCUAUUUUAGAAGAGGCUGAAGAACCGGUAAAGCAAAAAAAUGGUGAUGUUAUUUCACCCGAACUACCAGGGGAACCUAAAAAAGACGAAGAAAUGGACAUUAAAGAUCUGGAAUCAAUACAAGAAACUCACGUCGUAGCAGUGGAAACUGCACCGCAGUCAUUUGAUUAUCAUCCAAUGCUAGAGGUGAAGGAGGAAGUACAAGAGGAGGAUAAGGCCUUUGAUGAAAAUUCUCUGAAACUUGCUUGCAGAUCUGAAGAAGGCGAAGAAACACACGCCAGACAAUCAACAGAAAUAGAGGAAGCUAUAGCAGAAGAAUCUCCCCUCGUUAUAGAAAAAAGACCUGUUUUACCUGACAUGGAAGCGGUGUUCGACGGUAGGGACGACGAAGGAAAGAAACCAGUGGAAGACGCCCUACAAAUUCUGACAAAAGAAAAGGCAACAGAACAAGAAGAACCAGUCACAGAAGCGCAGCUUGUAGUGGUAGAGAGGAAAACUGCUUCAACUCAGCCAAAGGUGCUGCUCGAUCAUGAAACUCCUGGUGAUGAGUUCGUAGACGUGGCAGAGGAAGACAACAAAGCCACGGUGGAGUCCUUGCUCAGUAAUAUUGAAUCGAUAAUCGAAAAGCCAUCUUCAGGACAACCAUACAGUAAAGAAGUGGAAUUAGCACCAACGAGCGACAAAGAACCCGUCGAGGAAGAGGCAGUCUUCAAGAUUGAGAAGAGGGGAGCUUCACUCAACAUGGGGUCGCCCCUUGAUCCUGAAAUCUUUGGAGAACAAUUCCAAGAAACGUAUCCUGAUACACAAGAAAAGCAAGACAUUGUCGACGAAGUUGUUACAGUUAUAGUUCAAAAGAAACCCGUUUCUCAUGCUUUUUAUGACGAGCAGGAAGGUGACACCCAAGAAACAGAAUGCUUUUCUAAGGACGAGCCUCCGUCGGUUGUUGUGUUAGACAUACCUCAAGUAGAGAAAAGGAAGGAAGGCGAGGACUCCGUAAAAGAAAUAGCUGCCCCUGUUGUACAGAAGAAUGAAGUUGAGUUUUAUCCUGAUCUUUUAGUGCUAGAGGGAGAGGAAGAACAAAAACAAAAGGAAUUUGACGUGGCACACAGCAAGCAAGCAGUAAACAAAAAUUGGCAAGACACUAAGCCGACCGAAUUCAUCACGACCACAACAUCGGUUGUAACGUCAAUAGAAAGUACUGAUGAACAAUCUGCAAACGACAGUGAAACCAUUGUAACCAAAACGGUUUACGAGAAAAAGACUUUCGAGGCAGCCAGCAGUUCAACUAAUUCUCUUCCUGACACGGUCACAACAGAAGAAAUGCUCUCAUCAACUUCUUAUACCAAGCAGUUUCAUGAGGGGAACAUGGAUGGUGAGGUGGAAUUAAUCCGUUACGUGCUUCGGAAGAGGCUCUCAGCUCCCGAAAUAUUACCCGAGAAAGAAAGCGAAGGUUCUGCACCUUUGGCUGCAUCGGAGGAUCGUGGAAUUCUUGAGUCUCAGGAGCAGUUUAACGUGAUGGAAAGUCCUCGGAAAGUUAAGGAGUCUUCGCUGCCAAACAGAACACAGGGCGGAGACGAAUCUGAGAUGGAACCUUAUACAGAUAUUCCCUAUGAAGAGAAGCUUAUUCCGGAUUCUCUGGGAGAGGCACAACCUCAAGUUGCCGAUUCGAUGGAGAAGGAAGAAGGUGCUGAUGAAACAUUACCUGUGCUAAUGCUGUUAACGCCUGAGACGGCAGGAGAAGAAAAGAAAAGUACAAAAGCGAAGAAAGGUGGGCUUUCAUCGCCACAAUGCAAGUGUUGCUCAGUGAUGUAAAUUUGACGAACGGUAGAUGCAGCUAAUAGCAAAAGCCUCUUGUAACUUAAAGAGCUUAUCAAAGCCUACGUCAAGGAAUGCUAACUGUGUGAAAAAUGUGUCUUUAGUUAGAUGCAUGGCAUUGAUAAAAGAACACGGUCGUAUUAACUACCCUUGGCGAGUAGUGAAAAUAAUGAAUUUAUACUUUUAUUAGCUAGUUUGGUGCUGUGACGCACAAUUGACGCUUUGUCUUCUUUAUGUGUUUGGCAUAGUUCCGUUCUUGAACCAGAAAUGUGCUAAGUGCUUUAUACUGUAUUCUUUAGACUGUAUAGGAGACAUGCACAGUUAUAAAACAACAAAUAUUGUUGUUUUAGAUUCGUAUAUCAAGGCGACUGAGUCGAGACACUUCAACCAAAAUCGAUGUAUUUGGACGUAUUAGUGAUGACACGACAUCGAUGUAUUUUUUUCCUUUCUUCGCUAUUUCAUUUCCGGUUAACCAAGGUUCAAUAGCGAAUUUGCAGCCUCUAUCGUUUAAGAUUUAAGACGGAAAACAGCGUCUGUGAAAAUAUUUGGCGAGCUGAAUUCGGAAAUUUCUCUUGCGCUCCUUAUUUUCACCUUAUAGGGGCGAGGAAACGUCACGUUUCUCUGCCAAAAGACUUCAGUCUUGAGGUUGCUUUUUUUUCCGUAGUUUCUUUAAACGAGCGGUAAUUUUCUUACCUGUUUUGCCCUUGGAAGAAGAAUUAGUUUUAUUUGUUCCUAGACGUGUAAACGGGUUAGCUUUUAUUGCUUGCAAGUGAAUUCUAAGAAUAAGAGAAUAAG